GUGAGGGCAGCAUCAGGACUAAAGAAAACCCCCAAACAAUUGCAGUUCCUGUGAGAAACAAGAAAGGAAGAAGGAAAGGAAAGGCUAAAUUUCAACAAAUUUAGCAGCAUGGAGUGCCCAAGACGUGGGCAGAGUCACUCACCUGGGUGAUGUGCUGGGCAGGGGGAGGUGGAGAGGAGCAGGGAGUGGUGGUGAGCGAAGGGCAGCCCGCUGCAUCACGUCAGCCCUGGGAGCUGGAGGUCAGUCUGUAAAUUGAUACAGCCACAGAUCAGAAGGUCAAGACAUCUUAAAUGCAAGGCCUGUACGAGGCUUCUCUGUGUGAGGAUGGGGGUUAAUGGUCCCGUUCUCUGCCAACCACCGUAAGGCUGUUUUUUGGCAAUGUGACAGUGGUCCUCCCCUUUGAGUUUUCUGCAUGGAGAAGAGUGCUUUCUGUGGUGUGGUGAACACGCUGCUAACCUGGGGCCCUGCUACAAACCUGGAAAAGAUGGGGACUGCAAGGGGGAGCUGAAUGAUGCUGAGAGGGCAAGGCGAGCGUAGCUUGCAUCGAACAAAGCUGGUCCUGAUGCUGCUGCCACCACCUGUUCUGUGGCCAGAGACCCUGUCACCUGCAGCAUCUCCCACGGGACUCUGAGGAGAUGGAGUUCAGCAAGGUUGGAGCCAUUAAUGUCUCCUGCCAGUGCUGCCUGCUCAGCUCCCAGCCACAGCACAUUGGGAACCAUGCCAACUUCAUCUGUUAUGUCCCAACACUUGCUGUGCUCUUCUUCCCUGCAGAUGCCUUACCUGCUCCUGAACCCAUCCGUGCCAGAGAUGAGGCCUCGAAUGUACCCUGUGUUCUUUGGAGAAAGCAUUGAGGUCAGCCCUGAGCCUGUGCAAGAAAUCAGGUGCAAUUCUGAGGUGAAGUACGACUCCGAGAAGCAUUAUCGGGAUGACAUCUUCUACGGCCCCAUCCCCACCGUCACCACCUACAGCGAGACAGUCAUUGCUGCUCCCAAUUGCACCUGGCGGAACUACAAGUCCCAGCUGAUCUUUGAGCCCCGCCAGAAGCCACUGAGGUUUCAGAGCACGACCAUCAUUUUUCCUAAGCAUGCCAAGAACAUUUACCGGACCACCCUCAACUACAGCUUGGGUUGUGCCAAGCGUUGGUUUGCUUCCAGCGUGCAGCUGGAACUCUGUGAGGAAACCAGCCCGUGCGUCAUCUACAGUGAGACCCUCUGAUGUGCCCUGCCGCUGGCAACCUUGUGACCUCAGGGAGGCUGUGGCCUUUGCUGGGUCUCUGGCUGGGCCUUCAUUGAUGGCGACUGAAUAUUAAUGGCUGAAGAACAUGUCAUCUUGGGUGAGGCUGAACUGGCUGGGAGGAGGCUUGCAGGGCAUGGGAUGGUUUUGAUCAAUGAGAGGCUGGCUUGUAUUUUGCAACGUUCCUGACAUUCACGAUCUGGAUUUUAUUUUAUUCCAAGCAUAUCUAUUUUUGACUUGUGUUUAGAUGAAAUCAAGAUGACAAAGGACCCUAUUACCCAUAGCAGAGUGCUGCAUUGUAAGCUCUGUAGGUCUUGUCUAGCACGUAGGUGAGACUCCCUGUAACCUUCAGAGCUCUUUUGAUCUCUGCAAAGGGAACAUCAGCUGCAGAGUCAGCGCCCAGUCUGCCCAGCAUACCUCAAGCCAGGUCCCUUAGAGAUUAAAUUCAGAGAAGGCAGUUAUCUGUAUCAAUACAUCACAGCUUGCUCCAGCAGCUCAUCUGGGAGAUAGCUGCAGGAUUACACCACUGCAGUAACCUCAGGCCUAACUUACUGGGAGGAGUGGGGACUGUCACCAAGAAAAAGAGGAAGAAAACAGGUGUAUGGUGCUCUUGCUAGCAGCUAGGUGUUUAUGCCAUAGCAAGGCACAGCACAAGCAGGAGAUGGGAGAAGGGCCUACCCUGACACACAGCCACCUCCUCUUGUGAGCCCUGCCAAGAGUAUGCAGGGGAGACUGAGGAAACUGAAUAGCUGAAGGGCUGUUUCCUGAAAGUGUCCAAGUGAAUCAGGAGCCCAGUGCCCUUUUUUCAAAAGUACUGUCAGUCCAAGUGUGCCAUGCUCCUCACUGUCUUGAAAACCCAAUUUACAGGGAUCAUUACGCCCUUACAGCCCUUUUGAGUUUCAGGGUAUGGCCAUAUUGCAGAGAGGAGCGUAGAACAGGAAGAUGCUAUGUAGCUUCAAAGAAGCCAGUGUAGGGUUAAAUCACGAGCAGGGUUACUCACCCUCUCAAUAGUUUCCAUACCUGUGGCAUGGACAGCUUUGCUGACUGUGGAGAAGCAGCCAAACUUUCUCAGUGUAGAGCUUGAAGUUUUGAAGAGCCCAAAUCCAUCCAGGUUUUCCUUAAUCAGCCAGGCUGUAGUGAUUCAGCAGGUACUUCUCAAACGAGCUCUCUGCAAAAGGAUCAAGAAAUACUGAAAGCAGGCGUCACUAAUCCUAAGGUAAACCCUUCCCCACUCGUGAAUUGUAUCUCCCAGUACUUCUUUGCUUUAGUAGCUCGCUGAAAAUCUGCAAGAGCUUGGAUUCCCACAAACAUAAAACCUUUGUAAAUGGCAUGGAGUCGUCUCCAAAAAUCUUACCAAGAAUUUUGGCAUGCUGCUCAGAAGAACCCAGACUGAGAAAAUCUCCACACAGCUCCAGAAAUUAAUUUCCAGCUUUCCCUCUUCUAAACUUUACAUUUUGUUCCUAACUUGCUGCAAGUCUGAUCGAGUUAUUUCAGAACAUAACUGAGCAGCCAAGUCAGAAAACCUGUUAACAAUGUCAACAAGACGUAGCUGAUUGCCCAGAACAGUUGACGCACAAACCCACAGAGAUUUAAAAAAAAAAAAACCAUCUGAAAAACUUAAAAUUCUAAAAUUAAGUAGUGACUUCUAAAGAUACUUUUUCCAUCAGUUUCAAAAGGCAAUUGGUAAAUGUAACCAGAAGUGUGACCUUUAUGAAACAGAGUUUUCUUGUUUGAAAUGAAGCACAAUUUUUCUACCAGAGGUAAAUAUAAGAUCUUCAUAUACAAACUUAAAUUCUGACAGCUGUAUCAUCAUUAAUAGUGAAAGAUGUGUGCUGUGGCAGUGGUGAACUCUGCCUCUCUGUUGGGGAGUUAGGACUCGGUAGGGAGAAACCUCUCAAAGGAUUUCCAAGGCUUCCACCUACUGUUGAAUUCUUUUCAGCAACACAGAAACAAGGAUUAUAUUUGUUAUUGGUCAGAUUUUGCUGUCACUGACUGUCAGCAUCACAGCCUGAAGAGCAGUGUCUGCCUCCAAAAGGAUUAUUCUAUGCCUGCAGCAACCCUUCUCCCCAGAGCUCCAGCAAACUUGAGUGCUGCGGAGCCAGCUUAGGCAGCAGGGCAGUUGCAGCUGGGAUGACUGUGGGCCCAGUGUGAUGCAAGUUGGUGAUGCACACGCUUGCUAGCUCACCAUGAGGUCUGUCCUGUUUCUCCACGUGCUGGGCAGCGAGCCUGUGAGCAGUGGAAAUACUCAUCUGCCUUCCUGGGCAUGUCGUGGAGGCUCUAGAGGGCUCUUUCCAGGCACCCGUGGGAGUCUGUAGCAAAGGGUAGGUAGGUUUCCAAGCUGAGCAGCAGUGUAAUCCAGGGGCAAAAGCAGGGCCAAUACUCAUACCCAGGGAGAUCCCUGCAUGGUGACAGAUUAGAUUGCAGGCACCUCCACCGAGCAGGCAUGGACACAGGCUGACCUCCAAACCCAAGGGAUGUCAGAGACCCCCUAUUCUGAGCAUACAUCAGGCUUUUGUCCUGUUGACAGUUGGACUAUUCCCCUGCUCCAAGCACAAACCUGCAGGUUUUGAUCACGCUGGUUUUUGAGCAGAGCAGGUUUUCCCCAGAAAAAUCUCUUUUAUGAUGGCCAGCUGCAGGCUUCUGCCCCCUUUGUCCGCUGUUAGUUCUGCUUCCUAAACAUUGGCCGCAACAGAAAAAAAGAAUUCAAAGAAAGCCAGAAAACUAGUGUGCAAAUACAAAUCCAGUGGAGAGAUCUGAACCACGGCCUGGUCUUUCACCACGCAGGGCCGGGGGCUGCGAAGGCAGAAGGUCUCACAGGUGGCUGUGACCCCCAGGAGGGUGCAGAGGAGGACUGCGUCCUUGGCACUGUAGGGUCCCCACACAUCCAGGCCAGGCCUCUUUGAAGCUUCGUGCUUUGUUUUCUCUGCAAAUAGACUAGAAAUGACCUAACAUGCUCCCGCUCCUUUGAGCUUAAGCAGCUUUUCUGGUUUUGCCACAUCAGGAAAAAAACAAACCAGAGAGCAGCUUGGGUUUCUCGGCUGCUGAACACACUGAGCUGUGUAGCCAUGGACAGGCCGUGGUGGGCUACCACCCUGGACCACAUCCAAGCUGUGACAUUGCCAAGUGCCUGAGAUCUGUGGAAAUUUUUGAAAAAUACCUUCUUAUACGGUGUCUCCCAUGAGCCCAUCACAAGCUGCUUUUUUUCUCAGUGAAAGCUGGCAUUGGAAAGGGACUUGGUUUUUCCUGAGAAGAAGAAAACCACAGAGGGUCAGGUCUUCACGCUUGCCUGGGUGCAGAUCCCACCCUCUGUCCCUGUCGCUCCUAUCUCUGUGGCUGGGUUAGGCGGUGGUAGAAGAGCCAAAGUUCAUCUUGCUUAUGACUGGGAAAAGGGAUGAGGUUUUUUGUUUGGCUUAAACACCAGAAACUGAAUUUUGUCUGUAUGUGUUGCCAAUUAAGAAUCUCUCUGAGCAGCCAAGAAGUGCCUUACCUGUAGUAUGUUGUGCAUCUAAAAGGAACCAUUAGUCCCACUAGAGAGGUUUUUUUCCUUUUAAAUGGACCAUUAUUAAUCUCAACCAACAGAUCUUUGUUCAUGUAUAUUUUCUCAAAGAUACAAAUGAUAAAUUCAGACCAUGGAAAUUCUGCUUAGAAAAGGUGAGUUUCCUUGAGCAGCUGGGACUGUGGCUACACAAUUUCUCCCCAGGAUCCAACUGUGCCUGUUGCCCACAGUCCUGUAAGCCUGAUGGGUAAAGUCAGACUCUGCCUUUAGGAAUUGUUUUCUGUCAGUAGUUAUUUUUGAGAUACGAACCUUUCCAGAAGGCAUCUGUUUCUUUGGGGGAAAAGUUGGGUUUUUUUCAGUAUGGAAGGUCACUGUCUCAAAGGUGUGGGGUUUGCUCUUCAUCCCCUUCCUUCCUGUGAUUGUUUUGCCCCUGAGUGCAAGAGAGCAUGCUUGUGUCUGGUCUCUGCAUCGCUGUCACUGCAUUUGGGGCCAAAAAGAGGGAACCCUAAAUAAUAUUGAACUUUCAGAAUCUGCGGAGUACUUUGCACAAACCGCAGAAGGAAAACUUAGACCAAAACAGUUUACUGCUUCUUUUGUCUUUUUUGUUGUUGUUGUUGUUGUUUUUGUUCUAAGCCAGCUCUACUUUUCUCAAUGUGAAAUACAGACAAAUAUGCACCCUAGGUGCAUACUUUCGGGGAAUGAGGACAUGAGGUUUGGGUGUUGAUAGCAGUGUUUGAGUGAGCUGCUGGUCAGAGAAGUGAAUGCUAUUUACUAUUUAUGUUGAGUGUGUCUUAAAAAAAAAAGGGAAAGGUCACUAGAAGGCUAAUGAGCAAAAAGACUUUGUAGAUCAACCUGAAGACUAAAGGCUGAGUGAAUCUGGUCUAGAGGUGAAUGGUUUUGUGUGUGAACACUGUGAGCUAGGAUAUUUAGCCAUUGUGGUUUUAACCUCCUUUUUUUUUCCUGUAGGGAAGGGCAUCCUUGCCUUCUUUAAUGCUGAAACAAAAUCAGAUCCAUCUUCUGUCAGUCCUUCAGUCCCACUGACGUCUAUGAGCAUCAGCAUUCCCCAGGCUUGCAGGGGACUGUGUGUAUCACACACAGAGAGCUGUGCCUCUGCAGAGAUGGGGGAACACUUUCUAGGGAAUGAUGGAUCUUGUUGUGGGAUAUUAAAAUUUCUAUUGGCAGAUAAAGUCUGCUCCCUGAGGAUCACCCCGUCACUCACAAAUUGAUCUGUCCUGAGCAUCUCCCCUGAAGUUCUCCUAUAACCAUUGUAUUUUAUAAGUCUUGGGAGGCACUAUUUUUUUUUUUCAGAUACUGUGAUGGCCAUCGAAAUGAGCAAAGUAUCCUACUGCAUGAAUUGUGACCUGAAGAUGGGGUUGAAAGGUGUUUGAAGGUUAGAGAAGGAAGAAGAACAUAUAGCUGAUGGAAAUGCAUAAGGAUGUGUCAUAUUUUUAUUUUUGUAAGUCUGAUUCUCUAAGUGCUUGUAAAGUACUUUACUGUUGUAUAUGUGGUGAUGCAGUAGUUCACAAUAUCCUUUUAUUUUUGUAUAUUCCCCCCUUCCACAAUAACCCCUUUCUGUUGAACUCAUAGAGAGUAAUUUAAGAAGACAGAAUUUAUAUAUCGUAAUAAAAUGCUCAAACUG